AUGAAUGGGAGGGCAUGCGGCAUGAACCUGCACCGGACAUCAGGAGCAGGGCCCAGGAUGGCCAGUGGCCCCCACAUCCCACCCCUCCAUGUCCCUUCAGGGACUCCUGGCCCCGCGUCCUGUGUCAGCUCCCCAAGUCCUGCUCUCGGAGGCCUCACAAAUGACCUCCAUCUCAAGAUGUCCUCCGGAGGCGGGUUGGCUCCGCAGGGCAACAUAGUGGACAGCCCCAUCCACCUGCCGGCCCUGAGCCCUCGAAGACAAGUGCUGACCAAUGGAAAGCCUCAGUUCCCAGCCACCCAGGUCACUGGCCUGACAGGGCCACACCCUUUAAAGCCAAAGCAGCCGGAGUUUGGGGGACCGUUUCCUCCAAAUCUUGGGAAAGGGGCUCUUGGCUAUAGUUCUCAGUGCAAGUCCAUUGGAAAAGGCGGCUGCAACAAUCUUGUGGUCACCAGCAGUUCCAUGAUGGUUCAGCGACUGGGACCCAUUUCACCUCCAGGAAGCCAGGUGUCGACAGCAUGCCACCCCAUCAGUCCUAGCUUACAGAGGGCAAUGAAUGCAGCCAACCUGAAUAUACCUCCUUCAGAUACCAGGUCCCUUAUUUCCCGCGAGUCAUCGGCAUCCACAACUUUCAGCCUGACAGAAACUCAGUCUGCGUUGAGCGUUAAACAAGAGUGGUCCCAUGGCUACAGAACUCUCCCUUCUCUCCCUUCCACCCACAGCUCUCAGAACGGCACUGAGCUUGGAGACAUCCUGGGCCUUCCUCCGGGCUCCGCCAUGUCCAGCAGCAGUGUCUCCAACUCACUCCCGCCCUACCUUUUCGGCAUGGAGAACAGCCACUCUCCCUACCCGAGUUCCCGGCACUCCUCACCCAGGUCCCACUCGGCCCGCUCCAAGAAGAGGGCCCUGUCCCUGUCCCCACUGUCCGAUGGCAUCGGGAUAGACUUCAACACCAUCAUCCGCACCUCGCCCACCUCCCUGGUGGCCUACAUCAAUGGCUCCCGGGCUUCCCCGGCUAACAUGUCCCCGCAGCCCGAGGUCUACGGUCACUUCCUGGGUGUGCGUGGCAGCUGCAUCCCUCAGCCAUGCUCUGUCCCCGGUGGCCAGAAGGGUCUGCUGGUGGCCAGCAGUGGCCUGGCGCUCCCGGCCUACGGGGAAGAUGGUGUGGCCGAGUAUGAACGCAUGCAGCAACUGGAGCAUGGUGGUCUGCAGCCUGGCCUGGUGGGCAGCAGGGUGGUGCAGCCUGGCCAGUCCACUGGCUUGCUGAAGACCGAACGGCUGGAUGACUUCCCAGGGAGCACCCUGGACCUGCCUUCGGCGCCCCCUCUCACGCCCCAAGGACCUCCGCCACCCUACCAUGCGCACCCGCACCUUCACCACCAAGACCUGGUCCCCCACACCCAGCCGCUGUCCCUAUCCCAGGCUGCGCUGGAGGAGGAUGGGGACAUGGAUGACCUUGGGGGCAAGCAUCGCUGUCACUGGAUAGAUUGCAGUGCCCUGUAUGACCAGCAGGAGGAGCUUGUGCGGCACAUCGAGAAGGUCCACAUCGACCAGCGAAAAGGAGAAGAUUUUACCUGCUUCUGGGCUGGGUGUCCACGCAGGUACAAGCCCUUCAACGCCCGCUAUAAGCUGCUCAUCCACAUGCGAGUCCACUCCGGGGAGAAGCCCAACAAGUGCACGUUUGAAGGUUGCAAGAAGGCCUUCUCCCGGCUUGAAAAUCUCAAGAUUCACUUGCGGAGCCACACGGGCGAGAAACCAUAUCUCUGCCAGCAUCCCGGCUGCCAGAAGGCGUUCAGUAACUCCAGCGACCGCGCCAAACACCAGCGGACACACCUGGACACGAAACCUUAUGCUUGUCAAAUUCCAGGAUGCACCAAACGCUACACAGACCCGAGUUCCCUCAGGAAGCAUGUGAAGGCCCACUCUUCCAAAGAUCAACAAGCAAGGAAAAAGUUGCGGUCCAGCACGGAGCUCCACCCGGACCUGCUCUCGGAUUGCCUCACCGUGCAGCCCCUACAGCCAGCUGCUUCCCCACACGACGCUGCUGCCGAGGGGGCUGUGGGAUGCUCCCCAGGGCCCGGGCCUGACCUCUAUCCAGCUCCUCUCUUCUCCAGCAAUCACUCGAGCCGAAGCGGAACAGCUGCCGGGGCCGGGCCACCCCCACAUGCUGUCAGUCACCCUUCUCCGGGACAUAAUGUACAGGGGAGCCCCCACCACCCCCCCUCCCAGUUACCUCCACUCGCAGCUGUGGACUCGGGAGCUGAGAGGUUUGCACCUUCUGCUUUGUCUCCACACCACAUCAGCCCCCGGAGAGUAGCAGCCCCCUCUACAGUACUGCAGAGUACCCAGCCACCCCUCCCCCAGCAGCCGGCAGGCUCCCACCUGAAGUCCUACCCACCAGAAGCCUGCUCUUCUUUUCAACCAAACGGCAUCCGUGUCCACGGAUUUUAUGGGCAGCUGCAGACGUUCUGCCCCCCGCACUACCCUGACUCCCAGAGAAUCGUACCGUCCAGCAACACCUGCAGUGGGGUGCCCUCCUUUGAGGACUGCCUUGUCCCCACAUCUGUGGGCCAGUCCGGUUUUGAUGUUUUCCACAGAGCCUUCUCCACUCACUCGGGCAUUACAGUGUAUGACUUACCUUCGGGUUCCUCAAGCCUCUUUGCAGAGUCCCUCCGCAGUGGGCCUGAAGACCCCACAUUCUUGCAGAUCAGCGCGGUGGACCGCUGUCCUAGCCAGCUCUCCUCAGUAUAUACGGAAAGCUAAAAGCUCCCCUGGCCUUUUCUGUGCAUCCGGCACCUUCCUGUCACUUGCCACCUUUUGUUUCUGUACUCUUCCAGACUCCUUGAAGAAGGAUGCCAUCCACAUCAGC